UUUCGAAUUGAAUUUUAGUCCCUAACAAAACAAAUUUCUGCUUCCGCCCUGUAGGUGGUAGAGGGCUCCCUCCCGCCGUGCCUCGACGGCGCCUACCUCCAAAACGGCCCAAACCCGCAGUUCACCCCCCACGGCCCAUACCAUCUCGUUGACGGCGAUGGCAUGAUCCACACCGUCAAAAUCUCCAGUGGCGAAGCGACCUUCUGCAGCCGCUUCGUCAAGACCAACAAGUACAUCGCCGAGCGCGAUCUUGGCUACCCCAUUUACCCCAACAUGUUCGGAGCCUUCACCAGCAAAAUCACCGCCUCAUUGCUGCUGACCGCCGCUCGGAUUCUUACCGGCCAGUUCAACCCCUUCGCCAACGGCGUCGGCACCGCCAACACGAGCUUAGCGUUGAUCGCCGGCGAACUCUUCGCACUCGUCGAAACCGACAUUCCGUACCAGAUCACGGUGACGGAGAACGGAGACGUCGCCACCGUUGGUCGCCGCGACUUCGACAGCCCGGAGAGUUUCCAGAUCAUGACGGCGCACCCGAAAUUCGAUCCAGAAACCGGCGAGACGUUCUCCUUCCGUUAUUUCCCGAUUCCUCCGUUUCUGAAGCUUUUCCGAAUCGAUUCCGACGGAAAAAAGCAUAAAUCCGUCCCGAUUUACUCCAUGAAAAAUUGCUCGUUCGUUCACGAUUUCGCUGUGACGAAACGAUUUGCCGUGUUUCCUGAUACUCAGAUCGCGAUCAAGCCAAUUGAGAUUUUGAGAGGCAAAUCGACGAUGAGAGUAGAUCUCGAGAAAAUUCCGAAGCUCGGUGUGAUUCCGAGAUACGCCGCAGAUGAGAGUGAGAUGCAUUGGAUCGAUGCGCCGGGGCUGAAUCUGCUCCACACGGCCAAUUCAUGGGAGGAGGAAGACGGCGGCGGCGAGAUCGUGAUAAUCGCCUCUAACAUGCUUUCAAUUGAGCACGUAGUGGAGCAGAUCGAGCUUGUAGAUCUAUCAAUGGAGAAGAUCGUGAUUGAUCUCGCAACAAAGGAUGUAAAGCGAUACCCGCUUUCAGAUCUACACCUCGAUUUCGGAGUUAUCAAUCCGAAAUACGCCGGGAAGAAGAAUAGAUACGUGUAUGCGGCGGUUGUGGAGAGCAUUCCGAAGAUGCUGGGAGUCGUGAAGAUAGAUUUGUCGCGAUCGACGGCGGAGGGCGGCGAUUGCGUGGUGGCGAGGCGGAUGUACGGACCAGGCUGCUACGGAAGCGAGCCGAUUUUCGUGGCGAGGGAGGGGGCGGAGGAGGAGGACGAUGGAUACCUGGUGGCGUACGUGAGUAAUGAGAAGACGGAGGAAUCGCAUUUUGUGGUGAUGGAUGCGAAAUCGGCGACGCUCGACAUUGUUGCAGCUGUUAAGCUUCCUCGUAGGGUUCCUCAAGGCUUCCAUUCCAUCUUUGUUAAGCAAACUGAGCUCCUCAAAAUGUGAGGAUUUCUGCUUUCCAUUUAUCAAAUCGAUUCAACAUCACGUAUAGUUAUUUUGCAUUCACUGUUUAAUGCUGUAAUUAUAUUGUUGUGUAGCAAUGUUCGGGUGCGUUCAAUUUGGCAAUGCGAAUUAUGAUUUCAGUUGUUUUUAAACAGCGGAAUGAUCAUCUUUUAAUUUUUUUUGUGUGUCUUAGUUUAGUAGAUUGGAUAAGAUUGAGCCUAUGA